UGGUCUCAGUCUGCUGAACGCGCUGUCACUGUGAUGCACUCUCAACUUGGAUUGGCCACCAACGCUUUCCCUCUUUUGCCUUCAUUUCUGCAAAGAAAUAUCGCUUCCCGGUGAAAAUGACCUGAGAGACAUCCAUCAGGGGCUGCUGUGACGUGGGCGGCAUUUGGGUGCGUGAACACCGGCGAGCGCUUCACAGAAGAAGCGCAGGUGGAUGACUGGAUAGAUAGAUAGAUGGAUGAAUGGAUGGCUGCUUUUCCAAUGAUGGACUUGACAUAAAAAGUGUCUCCCUUCAGCUGAGAUGUGAUACUUCCUCGCACCUUGUUUUGCAAACGUAGACCCCCUCCCAGCAGUUAUGGCACUGGAUCAAUGGUCCUUUCUUUCACCUCCACCCAACAUGACUAUACCUGAACCCCUCUUGUACGACAGCUUCCUCCAAGGGAACGACUCAAGCCUGGACCUAAACCUGACCGGUGAAAUAAGGGAGUCUCACCAGGACAAGACCAGCUCAGUCGUCAUCACUUUCAUCUAUUUCAUCGUAUGUGCGGUGGGACUAUGCGGCAACGCUUUGGUCAUCUACGUGAUCCUGCGCUAUGCCAAAAUGAAGACGGUGACCAACAUAUAUAUUCUGAACCUAGCGGUGGCAGACGUGCUGUGCAUGAUGAGCCUGCCGUUCAUCGCCUUGCAGCUGGCGCUGGUGCACUGGCCCUUCGGCGAGGUGUUGUGCAGGGUGAUCAUGACUGUGGACUCGCUCAAUCAGUUCACCAGCAUCUUUUGCCUCAUGGUGAUGAGCAUCGAUCGAUACUUGGCCGUGGUUCACCCCAUUAGGUCGACAAAAUGGCGGAAGCCCCGCAUAGCCAAGUUAAUCAACAUGACAGUGUGGGGUGUGUCGCUGUUAGUCAUCCUACCUACAAUGAUCUUCAGCGGCCUGGACAAGGUGCCGGUAUGCGGCAUCAUUUGGCCCGAGCCCCAGGAUGUCUAUUACACCGCCUUCAUAUUUUACACCUUCUUCAUUGGAUUCUUCCUACCGCUGGCUGUCAUCUGUUUGUGUUACCUUCUCAUCAUAGUCAAGGUGAAAUCAUCAGGCAUGCGCGUGGGUUCAACCAAGCGCAAGCGUUCGGAGCGCAAAGUGACACGGAUGGUCUCCAUCGUCGUUGCCGUCUUCGUCCUCUGCUGGCUACCCUUCUACAUUUUCAACGUCACCUCCGUCACCGGCUCCAUUAACCCCACGUCUGCCGUGAAGAGCACUUUUGAUUUUGUGGUGGUGCUGGGCUACGCCAAUAGUUGCGCCAACCCCAUUCUCUACGCCUUCUUGUCAGACAACUUCAAGAAGAGUUUCCAGAAGGUGCUGUGCCUGAAAAAGGUAGCGGGCUUGGAUGAGAUGGAGCGCAGCGACAGCAGAGCGGACAGGAGCCGCAUGGUUAAUAAUGCAUUAAUCAUCAACGCCAACUUGGAGGCUCACAACGCGGCGCUGCUCAAUGGCGAGCUGCAAACCAGCAUUUGAGGCGCCUGGGAUCGGAAGAGGCGGUCGGCCACUGACUACUUCUGCAGCGAGCGAUGUAAUAGUUGACCUUAUGGACUAACAGGAAUCUAAACAAUUUCACAACAGAGGCCAGAGAAGGUCCACUGACCCCCAGCUCAUGACUGUUUGAGCAGAUGAGGCAACUUGAUCUGGUUGACCUCAAGCAGAAUAACACAGCAAGCCUGUUGACUGACAUCGAACAUUAUUUGCACCGAUGCUUACGUCACUAACGUGGUGCCAUGGUGGAAACUACACCCAGUCGGGUUUCUAUUGGAGAUAGACGGCGACCAUACUGCUUAAUGGUGUGUAUGUGUGUGUGACGGUGGGGAGAUGUUUGGAAGUCAUUAAGCACUGUUAUGGUUAAAUGGGAGACAUGCUGAGGAAGCCAAACAUAUUAACAGAAGACAGCCAGCGACUCCCAAAGAUAAAACUAAAAACCACAAAAAAAUAAAUAAAUAAAUAAUGCUCGGUGGUAAUGAUCUGUUACACCGGCCGAGCCUUUAGAAGAUCACCAGAGCAACAAACUCCCGACGACGCCAUGUUAGUUCCUAAAUAAUGAAACACGUUGGCCGUCAGCCGAGGGAUGCUGCACUGAUCCGUAACUCUUCAACGGUCCGGUGGCGAAACAAAUUGGCAGCAGAGGUGACCUCACUUGAUUCCAAACAGUUCGGUGAUGUAAAUAGGAAUAUGAUUUUCGCCAACCUGGCGCACGUGUAAACAAAAGGUCGGUAAAUUUGUGUCCGGGUUUUCAACAUGGAACUUCUCACAAACGUGCUCUUUGCUGCAUACAGCAUCACUGUACAGGCUAAUCACGCAUAGAACACCUUUCAUGGCUUUUGACAAUGAUUAUGCUAACGCAAGGCCACCUUUCUCGGCUUUUUAGAUGGUUUAGCCUUGCAAAACAGCCCAUAUGAAUAUGAAUAUGACCAUGAGACCCUUUUUUUCUGCACUCAGACUUUCUAAUUUUCUUAAACGUAUUGCUGUAGGAUUUGAUUUAGACUAGGGGUCUCAAACUCAAUUUACUUGGGGGCCACUGGAGCUUGGGUGAGACUGGGCCGCAUCAGGUUUUCCAAAAACAAAAAAAACGCAUUUAUUAAAAACAAAAAAUUAAAAAAAACUUCGCUUUGGUUCCAAUUUUCUACAAGAAUAUCUUAUUUUUUAUUUUUCUACCCAAAAUAAGAUGAAAAAUAAAUAAACAAAUCAAGAAUAAAGAAAAUCAAUCAAUCAGUAAUAAAUAAAUAAAUAUAAUAAUAAUAAAAAAACAGCAAAUAAUAAAAACUUAAGAAACCACAUAUAGUUGGUGGGUAGACAAAUUAUUUUUUUCAGAUUUAAAUGAACAAAGCAUUAUUAGAGCCCUGUAGACAUGACAAAACACGACUAUAGUCACAUUUAUACUCUUUUUUUUAUUUACAACAUAUUGCGCAACUGCAGGGUCUUGAGACACAUGCUAAAACUAGCAAACUAGCGAGCUAGCGACCUAAGCGGUAUCCUUCAAGUUAUUUCCUUUAAACUUAAAUCGCCCAAAACGUACCACUUCCACACGGAUAGGGAGGAUAACUAUUAACAGUUAUUUAACCUUUAACAUGAACAUUAAUCAAACGUAAUAAUUUUUUCCGGGUACAUGAUACCAUACAGCAUCCAUAUCAAACUUGCGCGGGCCGCACUAACAUUAAACUUUCAUAUCAAGGCCGGGGCCUCAAACUAGUGUCCGGUGGGCCACAUUUGGCCCGCGGGCCACAUGUUUGAGACCCCUGAUUUAGACAAAGGAGCAAGGGACCCAUUUUCCCUUAUUGAUCUCGGAACCUGCUGACUAAAAAUUGAGUCAGAAUUUAAAGUUGAGGUGCUCAGAAAGCGUGCUUAUUUUUUGCAGUGUUCAAUUCCCGCUAGUAUAUCCUAAAAGAUAAUUGUACAAUAAAACCUUGUUGGGGCCGCAUAGGAACGACAUGCAUGUUAGCUUCACUCCAAAUUGUCCAUAGGUAUGAAUGUGAGUGUGAAUGGUUGUUUGUCUAUAUGUGCCCUGUGAUUGGCUACAUCACAGCAACCCCUGGGCGGGGGGGGGGAAUAAUAACAUUUCUUAUGUGAUUCCCAUUUUGUAGAUUUAAUUAUCCGUUAAGCGGGAGAGAGCCCAAUGCCCUUUUCGGUUCUAUCAAACGAUUUGUGCACAGUGACCUUUUGUUCCGCGGAGAUCUGGAGGUUCGCUAAGGCUCUGUGAUACAAAUGAGGUCAUCCUGCAGUGUCAGGUUGACUUUGAAGCACAUUGCUGCUUCGGUCACGAACCAUCAAGCAGUGAUACACAUUGGCAGACAAUUAGAAUACUUUACACUGCGUGUAUUCUUUUUUUGUAGUCCUUUGUGUACCUUUAACAAAUUUGGUAAUGGCAUUUUCCGUAUAGUAGAAUGAAAUUGCAGCAGCUCAAUUUUCAGUGUAAGACAGUAUGACAGUACAAAAUAUAGAAAUUAGAAGAAUAAAUAAUAUUAAAUAACGAAGAGUCUACAUCGUAGAGGACGAUUGGUUGCCUUGGUUACAUGGUCUUGUUGAGGGAGAUGAUGGCAAGAAAGGAAAGAAACUGUUUUUUAGUUUUUGUUAAUUAAUGGUAAUGGUUUAAUUUCAUUUGAACAUGCAUCAGAUUACAAUUGAGUGCAUCCCAUAAUCAGUUCACAGUUCCACAUGUCCAAAAGGAGUAGGGAGAGGCAAAGCUUAUUAAAUCCUACCCAUCCGUCUGGUACUUUUACAAGCAGUAACUGUUACAUUUGUUCACUUCCUGCUUUCCUAAUAUAGUUUAAGUUUUAAAUUAAAUUAAAUUAAAUUAAAUUAAAUUAAAUUAAAUUAAAUUAAAUUAAAUUAAAUUAAAUUAAAUUAAAUUAAAUUAAAUUAAAUUAAAUUAAAUUAAAUUAAAUUAAAUUAAAUUAAAUUUUAUUUUAUUUUAUUUUAUUUUAUUUUAUUUUAUUUUAUUUUAUUUCACGUACCGAAGUAUGAGGUGAUAUGAGUAUCCAAUGACAUAAUGGGUACCAUAGUAAGUGUCAAUAUAGUGAUAUAUAUAGCACAUCAUGACUGGUUCAAGACUCUUCAUCCUUGUAUUUAGCAAACAUCAACUUGGUAGGGAAAUGAUUAUAACAGCCCCCAAACUACAUUUAACCACACAUUUGCAUUUUCCACAGACGGAAGAGCUUUGAAUACCAGAUAUCUGAAUUAUGAAUCAGGAUGAUAUUGUGAAGUAUUUUUGGAAUUCAGCACAUUUGGUUGUUGUUUGCACACUGCAAGGAUCCAUUUGUGCAGCGGUCGGCUUGGCCUGAAUACUGAGUGCUUCUACACAAUAGACCACGUACGGUCACGUGUUUGCAUAAUGAUGUCUGCAUAUAAAGAAGAGAUAACGUUCUACCUCGUGAUGCAUCGCACAGACGUAAACUCGCCUCAGUGGUGCUCUUCACCAACAGAACGGCUCAUCGGCACCAUUCCAUUGUCCAAAGGCUGCAUGGAAAACUAUUUUUCACAUGGAUGCCCCUGUGUAGAUAAAACCAAAUCCUUGUGUAUUCCAUCUGAUUCUGUGUACUCCCACUGUAUGUCCACUCACUCUUUGUUUCGUAUGCGCAAAAUCAUAUGAACAGAUCUAGUCAUGGUGCAUUGGACUGACACGAAGUGAAACAUCCUGAAAGGCAAGACUUUCAGUGCCGUCGGCUGUUCCGACCUAACGUACUAAAUGGGCCGUUCUGACGAUUAAUCCAUGUUGACAAGAUGGUUGAUCCAAAUCUAAUAUAAAUGUAGCCUAAUGAUAUGUCACAUGUAGACGCCCAAAAAGGGUACAAAGAAGAUCUAAGUUGAAACGAGGUCAGAUAAUGAAAAAGUAUUCCGUAAUUUGGGUUGCCAUGUAGCUCAGCUCCACACCGUGUGUCGAUGCUGUGUGUGUGCCUGCCAAUGUAUAGUGUAAAAAAAAAAAAAAAAAAAACACAUAAAGAAGAAGCUUCUUGCCUUCUCUUGUUUUCUAUUCAACUUAUUUGUGAAGGGCUAGAACGUGCAGCGUUCGAUAUCAAGUCAAUGUAUCACGAGAUGUAUCACGGAAGGGGUUGCAUGUCACACCCUGUGUGUGAGUACACCCAUCACAGUCACACACACACACACUUGUAUAACAAUGUAGCUUGAUAUCCAUUUCAUCGUACCCACUCAUGAAUUAUGGAUAAAGUACUUUUCCAUGCAGUGUAUUUACUCAAUGUGCCUUGUAACUAAACAAGCGUACAGCAAAGCAACACAUGUCUUUCAAAGGCCUUUGUACUACUAUAGUCUAGUCCAUGAGCGAAACCAAGGUUAUGUUGCUUAUGUCGGUGUUUUAAUGUGAAGUGCAGAAUCUGUGACUACUGUUGAUAGAAUAUAAAAAAAAAAAGAUCAUUGAUUGUAUAAGACAAUCUCUGUGAUUAAAAACACAGGACACUUCCUGCUCCCGUUGUGUAUUGUUUUUAUCCCUGCCAAGUACCCCCUCUAAGUGCGUUACCAUGCAGUAUUUUAGCUGACUACAAUAUGAAUAAGGCUUGCAAAAUGCUUUUCAGCAUCUACUCUGAUACUUGGAUUCUUUUAAAAGCAUUUUCAUUUCAUUUAUUUAUGCCAAGGACCACGUGCACGUACUUUUGUCUCCGGAAAGCAAGUCAUCUGCAAGCAGACGCUGAAGUUCAGCUCAUCAGAGACGCAGCU